AGGACAAGUCCUGAGGUAAAAAAUAAACACAUUGAGAAGGGCUCUUCUUCAUCUCCUUCCUGCCCUCCCUCUGCUCAGCAUCCCUGGUUCCUCGGCCUCUGCUUGCUGGGCCUCGUCGUCCUCCCCUUCUUUCCUUGCUCCUUGUCGGCUUCCCUCAGCAGCACCAGGCCGGUCUCUGUGAGGCAAAAGUGCCCCCUUUUCUCCCUUCCUUCCUCCGCCAUGGAAUCCCUCGAGGAACUCUCCCUGGGGCCUUGCGCCGGCUCCCAAUACUUGCGGCCCUUCCGCCUUCGCUACCGCCAGAAUGGGAUUUCCAAAAUUUGGGACUUCAUGAGGACACAUGACAGUGUGUCCAUUCUGAUCUUUAAUACUUCUCGGCAAUGCUUUGUUGUGGUGAAGCAGUUCCGUCCAGCUGUCUAUAUGUGUGAGAUGGAGCGGAAGUAUCCUCAAGAUUUUGAGGGUAAAAGCCAGGAGAGCUGGUGCCACCUGCCAAAUUGCUUGCCUGCCUCAGUGGGAGUAACGUAUGAACUCUGUGCCGGUAUUGUAGACAAGCCAGAGCUGUCCUUGGAAGAAAUUGCUUGCAAAGAAAUUAUGGAAGAGUGUGGUUAUGAUGUCCCUGUCACCAACCUGAAGAGAAUUACUUCAUACAGAUCUGGAGUUGGUGUGACAGGAUCAAAGCAGACAUUAUUUUAUGCUGAAGUAACUGAUGAGAUGAAAGCCAGUGCAGGUGGUGGUCAGCCGGAAGAAGGCGAGCUGAUUGAAGUUAUAGAAAUACCUCUUCAGGACUCCAUGAAUUUUGCAUUUGACGAAACAUUCCCUAAAACAAUGGGCGUCAUCUUCAGCUUCAUGUGGUUCCAGACCAACAUUGCCCCAAAAUUGCUACAGAAAUAAAACAAGCACAGAAUUGCAUUGGGAGCAUGGGAAAUAAAAUUAAAAAUAGGGGGUGGGGGGAAAUAACCAAACCAUUUCUAACAUACCUGAUUGAUGUAGGUGAGAAGCCUCCUUCAGGAGAGAUUCACAAGGACUGCAGCUAUACUGCAGAAAUAAUCCAGUUUGACAACACUUAAGUGCCAUGAUUCAGUUAUAUAGAAUUCUGGGAAUUGUAGUUUGUUGUGGCACCAAAGCUUUCUGUCAGAAGAUUAAAUAUCUCAAAAACUACAAAUUCUAGAAUUUCAUAGCAUUGAGCCAAAGCAGUGUCAAACUGCAUUAAUUCUGCAGUGGUGAUGCAGCCAAAGGCAAGAUAGGAGAUGAGGAACCUGAAUUUGGGGGGGGAGUGAUUCAGAUGGAUUGAAGUUUUUUACCAAUCAUUUAUGGCUAGCGGCAUGAUCCUCACACGCAUGCAUAUUUCAUUGGCAAUGAGUUUUGACAGCUCUUAUUUUGUUGUUGAUUAGUGGAGCCAUCCAGCUUCAUGCUGGUUAGAAUAGGCCUUAGUUUGAUAUACCAAUCUGUUUAAAGUUGUACAGCUGACAGCUAGACACAUUCCUGCUCCAUCUGAGUGAAACCAUGUCCACUGAGACUCUUCAGCAUGCCCACUUACAUGGUGCACCUCUCCAGAAAAAGGUCUUCCCACUCCAUGCCUCUGAGGGGAACUGGCCCACAGGGUAAGUGCAUGGGUCGAAAUCCUCAGCCUACUCUACCCAGAUUUUAAAUUGUAUUGCAUUAUAUUGACUGCAUAACUAUGUGGUGGUCUGAGAAGUCUGCUACAUAUUGGCUGAAAGUGGCACUUCAAUGGACUAUUUCAAUGAAUUAAAAUUAACGUGUAUUUUAAACCAACUAAUUUCCAUGUACACACCCUGUACCCACCCCUUUUUUAAGGAUGCAAAGUUUCAGGUGUCUAGUUUUUCAUGGUCUUUUGCCCCUAUGCCUUUGGCAGAUAUAGAGAUUCGAUUAUUACAGAUAUUAAUAUGAAAGUAACACUGGACAAAAUAGAAGCUGCUAGAGCUGAGAAUGCAAAAUUUGGUUGUCUGAUCUUGUUGAUAGGGUGGCACAUACCUGCCAUCUUCAAUGUUAGGAGAACAGGUCCUCUUACAGACUGAAAAUUGGUUGAAGGACGGUAAACAGCGCAAGUAUAAAUGUGAACUUUUUUUUCAGUGGAAGGAUGUGAGCAGUGGAGCCUCAAAGAUCUGUACUGGGGCCAGUGCAUAGUGUGGCUAAUAAAUACAGUUAUUGUG